CAUCUUGUGACAAAUGAGUUCCUAUGGUACUCAAGCUUUGGCACACUUGUUUGGCAUCUUGGCCAUCAUACUCUUGCUUGUUUGGUUGUUGGAUUUUCGCGAGGGAAUCGACUAUGAUUCGGACAACGGGUUUCGAGUCUUCAACGUUCACCCUUUAAUGAUGUUCAUGGGGUUUAUUUUCCUGGGUGGUGAAGCUAUAUUAUCAUUCCAAACAAUACCAAGCCAAAGGCAAACCAAGAAGUUUUUCCACAUGAUGCUUCAUUUAAUCUCUAUAAUUCUUGGGAUUGUUGGUUUAUGUGCCGCUUUCAAGUUCCAUAAUAUGAUGGGAUUUCCCAAUGUCUAUAGCCUCCAUUCAUGGAUUGGCAUUGGCACCGUUUGCUUGUCUGGAUUACAGUGGCUUGUUGGAUUUGUUACAUUCAUGUUUCCGAGAGCUGCGGAUCCAACAAGAGCAAGAGUGGUUCCAUGGCACAUAGCUGGCGGGAGGGCGCUGUUGUUCAUGGCCGUGUGUGCCGCGGAAACAGGCUUGAUGGAAAAGUAUGGUUUCUUGCGCGCGAAGUCAAAUCUGCAGCCACACCAAAGAGAAUCAUAUUUGAUAAACUUCACUGGUCUUGCAAUUCUCUUAUUUGGAGUUUUUGUGGACCUUUCUGUUUCUAUUCGUCGUAAUUCUGUAUAA